CUACCUGUUUUCUUCCUUUUUUUUUUUAUUUCUUUCUCUGUACCACUGUCUUCCUCCUAUUCAUUUUUCUCCCGACUCACUUCAAAUUACUCUAGCCUUCUUCUUUUUCUUCGAAUUAUGAAACGUUGUAUUUAUUUUGUUUCACCUGAAACGGCUUGGCGCGGGAGCUACGGGAUAGCGGAGGGAUCUGAAAUCGUGGAGAUUGUUUUUGGAUUCUAAGUUCUUGAGGUCGAGAUCGUUAUCUUUGUUUUCUGGGUCUGAUUUGAGUUCAAUUGACGAAAAUGGAGAAGUAUUGGCCAGUCGGAAUAUAAGUGUGGCCGUUUAAGAUCCCGCCGUCGAGGAGAGCAAGUUCUGCACAUGUACAAUAUGAAGAUGAAGUUGAUGACGAGGAUACUAUUACUCUGCUUCCUCAGCUGCUUCUGGUUUCAGCUGUCCUUUGCUCAAAAUGCUACCACUGAUCCAUCUGAAGUGAGGGCGUUGAACUCAAUAUUUGAACAAUGGGACACACAACCGGUGCCGGGGCUGUGGAAUAUCAGUGGAGAACCCUGCAGUGGAUCUGCCAUCAACGGCAACGACUUUGAUAGCCCCGAUAACAACCCAGCCAUCGUUUGCGACUGUUCUUACAACAACAAUGCUACAUGCCACAUCACCAAACUGAGAGUGCAAGCUCUGUACAGACGAGGGGUGUUUCCAGAAGAACUUUUGGCUCUAAGAUAUCUCGCAGUUUUGAAAAUCGAUAUGAAUUAUUUCAAAGGUCACCUACCGGCAUUCAUUGGCAAAAUGUCUGCAUUGAUUGUAUUGUCAAUUGGCCACAAUUCAUUCUCUGGGCCCAUCCCCAAGGAGAUUGGAAACCUUAAGGAGCUAAAUAUGCUGGCCAUCGGAACAAAUAAUUUUUCCGGAACACUCCCUCCAGAACUUGGUAAUUUAGUCAAGCUACAGCAAAUUUACAUGGACAGCUGUGGACUCAGUGGUGAAAUUCCUUCAACAUUUGCCAAGCUCACCAGUACGCAAGUCUUUUGGGUAUCGGACAGUCCUUUCUCAGGAAAGAUACCUGAUUUCAUAGGGAAUUGGACACAACUCACUUCUUUGCGAUUUCAAGGGAACUCUUUCGAAGGCCCAAUACCAACCAGCUUUUCUCAACUGACCUCAUUGAAGUCUCUGCAAAUCAGUGAUAUAUACCAUGGGAGGAGCUCCUCUCUUGAUUUCAUAAAAAAAAUGAAGAACUUGACUGAUUUAAAACUACGAAACGCAUUAAUCACUGGUACCAUCCCUUCUGAUAUUGGAGAAUAUCAAAGUCUUAAGAUACUGGAUCUGAGUUUCAACAAUUUGACAGGCCAACUCCCAAGUUCUUUGUUCAGCAUGAGUUCUCUUACAUCCUUGUUUCUUGGAAACAAUAGUCUGUCCGGACCUCUUCCAAGCCAAAAGAGCAAUCGACUUCAGACUAUAGACUUGUCUUACAAUUUUUUAUCAGGAAGCUUUCCCCAGUGGGUGACCACAAUAUCGCAACUGAACUUAGUGGUCAACAACUUCACAUUUGACAAGUCAAACAUAACUACUCUUCCUGGAUUGAAUUGCCUCCAGAGAAAUUUUCCAUGCAAUCGAGAUACCCCACGAUAUGCAAACUUCUCAAUCAACUGUGGUGGACCGGAAAUGAAGGGACGUGAUGGCAUAUUGUAUGAUGCUGAAGACUCAGCUCUUGGUCCAGCAACAUUCAAUGUAACCAGUAUAGAGAAAUGGGCUGUCAGCAAUGUCGGUAUGUUUUCUGAAGGAGUGAACCGAUCGUUUCUGGAAAAUACCCCCGAACAAGUCACCGGAACAGAUGUGACCCCGGAGCUCUUCCAGACUUCAAGAUUGUCCCCAGGAUCACUGAGAUACUAUGGCCUGGGUCUUGAGAAUGGACCUUACACUGUAACAUUGCACUUUGCAGAGACGGAUUUUGAGAAGCGCAUUCAGCAAACUUGGGAAAGUCUAGGACGGCGUGUAUUUGAUAUCUAUAUUCAGGGUACCCGCAGGGAAGAGGACUUUGACAUAUCCAAGGAGGCACAUGGGGUUAACGUAGGAAUUAAGAAAAUAUUCAAUGUUAGCGUGUCAGAGAAUUAUCUUGAAAUUCAUCUAUUCUGGGCUGGUAAAGGGACUUGUUGCAUACCUUUACCAGGUGAUUACGGCCCACUAAUAGCAGCCGUCCAUGCUGCUUCAGAUUUUACACCAACAGUUUCUGGGCUUCCACCAACUACUCCAGGAAAGAAGAGCAGGACUGGGUUGAUAGUUGGUAUUGCAGUUCCUGUUGGAGUUGUGAGCUUGUUACUAAUAUUGGCGAUUCUAUAUAUGAGGAGGAAAACAUCAGAAAAAGAGGACAACGAAGAUAUUCUUGGAUUAGGCCCUCGACCAAAUACUUUCAGUUAUGCUGAGUUGAGAGUUGCAACUGAAGAUUUUAAUCCUUCAAAUAAGUUAGGAGAGGGAGGAUAUGGCCCUGUUUAUAAGGGUACACUUUCUGAUGGGAGAGUAGUGGCUGUGAAGCAACUUUCAGUAGCAUCUCACCAAGGGCAGAGUCAAUUUGUAUCUGAAAUUGCUACCAUAUCUGCUGUGCAACAUAGGAAUCUAGUGAAAUUGUAUGGAUGCUGCAUCGAAGGCAGCCAGCGCAUUUUGGUUUAUGAGUAUCUUGAAAACAAGAGCCUUGAUCAGGCACUUUUUGGAACAAGUAACUUGCACCUUGACUGGCCUACUCGAUUCAAUAUAUUGUUAGGAACAGCAAGAGGACUUGCUUACCUUCAUGAGGAGUCAAGGCCAAGGAUUGUACAUCGAGAUGUCAAAGCGAGUAAUAUUUUGCUCGAUGCAGAACUCUCCCCAAAAAUAUCAGAUUUUGGACUGGCAAAGCUUUAUGAUGACAAAAAAACCCACAUCAGCACCCGGGUUGCAGGGACAAUAGGCUAUUUGGCACCAGAGUAUGCAUUGUUUGGACAUUUGACAGAGAAGGCUGAUGUGUUUGGUUUUGGAGUCGUUGUUUUGGAGAUCCUCAGUGGGAGACCAAACUCUUACAAUAACUUGGAUCCAGAAAAGAUUUAUCUUCUUGAAUGGGUAUGGACUCUACAUGAAAAUGACCAAACUCUGGGGUUGGUGGAUCCGAGAUUGACAGAGUUUGAUGAAACCGAAGCAACUAGAUUGAUAAGAGCAGCUCUCCUGUGCACGCAGGGAUCACCGAUGGCAAGGCCAUCUAUGUCACGCGUGGUUGCAAUGCUCUCUGGAGACAUUGACACAGGCACUGUCAUGUCGAAACCAAGCUAUUUGACAGAUUAUAAUUUUAAAGAUGUAACAACAUUUUCAACAGGUAGAUUUUUGGUGGAGGAUGAUACCUCAUCAACUGCAUCCAAGGAUAGUAAUGUUCGCCUCAACUAUCAGCCGGGAGGCAGCAAUGCAAGUGGUGCUGACACUCCCUGGAUUGACCCUGCGCCUUCUCCUGUAAACGUCACUCAAUCACUGCUCGCUGGCAUUAGAAGAGAAGGAAGGUGAUAAAUAUCAGGUCUACAUGCUCCUUUUAUCCCUUUGUGCACCCUUUCCUUUUAUAUAAUACACAUUUUAAUAAUUAAUUGUAAUUGUAUUUUAGCUUUGGCUUUUGGUAGUGGGCAGGGGACUGGCUUGCCAGAUUUGAAUAUAUCUUAGCAAAUGGAUGUAUAUUCUACUUAUUCAUACAAAAUGUUUAUAGAUAUGUUCAUGAACCACCACCAUUGGAUGGAGAUCCCACCACUAAAAUUUAAGAAUAUGUUCAGGAAUUCAUAUAAUUUAAUAAGGCAUUUUUGGGUCUAUGAUUUGAGCCUUGAUGUUGAUGGUCCAGUUGCAGACUAGGGAAGAAAAGGCAAAUUUUUUAUUUGUCACCUUAACUUUUAUUUAAAUUUCAAUUUGUUACCUAUUUUUUUAAUAAUUUAUGAGGGGAGAAUUCCGAACCAGGACAUCUGUGUGGAAACUCAAUAAUCUAUUCACUAGAAUAUUAAACCACAUGCAAUACAAAAACAAACUCAAAAUUAUAAGUAUAUUUGUUAUAGAGUGUUAACUAUUCAGGUCUAGCAACCAUAACAUUUUCUACUUUUGGAUUCAAAUAUGGGCUUUCCUCCCAAAAAAAUUAGGCAACAAUUGAAAUGAUUUGGAGCCUAAGUUUUUAGGAGGGGAAAGUUCAUGCUUGGAGUUAAAAGGUGAACAAUGUCGUGUAUGUUAAGGUUGAUAGUGAAAGGACUAAAACAACUUUAUACAAGAGGCAUUUGCAAGUGUAAUACUCCGUAAUUUAAAAAGUGGGUAUAUAUAUAAGUGUCGAAGUACUUUUAAUUUGUGUAUUAUGCUAAAGUUUGAUAUACCAAGUUCUUUUUUUCAUUAGUUAACAAAUACAUAUAUGUUUCACUUUAUUUGUAGAUUGAUUUGUUAGGCUUUGUAUUUCUCAUUUGCGUGCCACUAGCAACUAAAUAGUGUGCUACUCUUUUGGUUUUAGUUUGAGGUGUGAUUAUAACCAUGGGUUUUGGAGCUUUUAAUUCACCAUCCGGAUAUCCUACCAAUUUGUAGAGUUACCAUAUGUUUUGUUCCAACCAGCUUACCAUAAGAUAAACUUUAACGUGGCCUUAGACAUGCAUCCAGACAUGCAUCCAUCUUACAUGAUAUUUUUUGUUCAGGAUUAGCUCAACACAUGUUGCUUUGUUAUUGGAACACAUAUCAUUAUUAAUGAUUAGUUUAACACAUGUUGUCUUGCUAUUCGAACACAUAUUAUGGCUAAUAAUUUGCACAAUACUUGGUGUCUUUCUAUUGGGACACUAGGGAGCUUUUAUCCUCAAGUUAGAUUGCACAUGUUGUGAGAAGGAAGAACUCAUAUGAUCCCUAUAAAGGAAGGAGCAAGAACUAGAAGGACACGAGGAAAAAAAGGGAGAACACCACACCAACAAGAACACACUAGCAAAAGGAAUGUUCUCUUUCUCAGACCAUUCCUCUUUCAUCAUCCAUUUCUUUUACCUUCUGUAAAUGCUUUAAGUCAUCUUUCAUUGUAUUUGUAAGUCUCUCAUAUCUAGUGAAAUACAAAUGAAAGCAAACCCCAGUGGAUGUAGUCACUUUGACGAACGACUCCUA